CCGGAAGUGAGACGUCGUUGCUUUUCUACGUCACGUUCCCCCACAGCGGGAAAAGUGGCACUUUCACUUCGGAGCCGCACGAGGAAACACGACAUCAACAACAACAACAACAACAACAACAACAACAACCUGAGUAAAAAUGUCAAAGAUAGACAAGAUGAGCAUCCUGGGGGUGAGGAGCUUUGGGAUCGAGGAUAAAGACAAACAAGUGAUAUCGUUCUUCACUCCUCUGACUGUGCUGGUUGGACCCAACGGAGCGGGGAAGACGACUAUUAUCGAGUGCCUUAAGUAUGCAACAGCAGGAGAACUUCCCCCUGGAUCUAAAGGCGGGGCCUUUGUUCAUGAUCCAAAGGACGCCCAUGAGACAGACGUGCGAGCACAGAUUCGCCUCUUAUUCUCGGAUGUAAACGGAGAGAAAGUGACCAUCCAUCGCUCCAUGUCGUGCACUCAGAAGGCAAAGAACUACUCCUUCAAAAGCCUAGAGCAGGUCAUCACUAGAAUAAAAGACGGUGAGAAGGUGAGCUUGUCGUCGAAGUGUGGAGAGCUGGACCGGGAGAUGAUUUCUGCUCUGGGUGUAUCGAAGCCUGUGCUGAAUAAUGUCAUCUUCUGUCACCAAGAGGAGUCGAACUGGCCACUUUGCGAGGGCAAGGCACUCAAAGACAAGUUUGACUCCAUCUUCGCUGCAACAAAGUAUAUCAAAGCUCUUGAGACGAUGCGUCAGCUGCGUCUGACACAGAACCACACGGUCAAAGAGUGUCAGGUAGAGCUGCGCUACCUGAAGCAGAACAAGGAGAAGGCCCAGCAGAUAAGGGAGACCGUGGCCACCAAGGAGGCUCAGCUGAUGGCCUCCAAGGAUAACGUAGAGCACAUAGAGAGCCAGAUAGAUCCACUUGAGAAUCGACUGAUGGAUAUUGACACCAAACUUGGGAAAGUGAUGAAGCUGGACAACGACAUCAAGGCUUUAGACAGCAGGAAGAAACAAAUGGAGGAGGACAACAGGGAGCUGGAGGAAACAAUGGAACAGGUGUUUCAGGGCUCAGAUGAGCAGCUGCAGGAUCUUUAUCAGAACCACCAGAGGACGGUGAAGGAGAAGGAGCGCAGGCUGACAGACUGCCAGAAGGAGCUGGAGAGAGCCGGCCGCGAGUGUCAGCGACUGAACAGAGUCAAGGCCGAGCUCUUGGUGGAACAAGGUCGCCUUCAGCUGGAGGCCGACCGCCACACUCAAAACAUCAAGAACCGUGACACUCAGGUUCGCUCCUUGUCAUCCUAUCUGGAAAUGGAGGGCUAUGACCGGCCGCCCUUCACCACGCUUCAGCUCGAGAGCUUUCACCGUCACGUCACUCAGAGACUGGAGCAGGAAAAAGACACAGUCGGUCAAGUUUUGGCGGACUUGCAGGAGAAAGAGCAGCAGAAACAGCAGUCCAUUGAUGAAAUAAGGGAUAAGAAGACCGGCCUGGAGAGAACCGUGGAGCUGAAGAGAGACCUGCAGGGAAAGAAGCAGCAGGAACUGAGGAACGUCCGAGCAGAGCUGCAGAGGCUGGAGGGUUCGUCCACUCGACUGCAAGAACUGGAGAAUGAGUUGGCUAAAGUGGAGCGCGAGCUGCAGAGCACAGUGCAGAGCUCCAACGUGGAGGAGCUAAAGGCCGAGGUUGUGGAGCUCCAGAGGGAAAAGGCUGAACUUGACCGCGCACAGAGACGGCUCGACCAAGAGAUGGAGACGCUCAACGCACACACCACCACCCGCACACAAAUGGAGAUGCUGAAGAAAGACAAGACAGAGAAGGAGGACCAGGUACGUAAGAUCAAGUCUCGUCACGGCGAGGAGCUUGUGUCAUUACUUGGUCACUUUCCCAACAAGAGAGAGCUGGAAGACUGGAUCUAUGCCAAGUCUAAGGAAAUCAACAGUACCCGGGACAGACUCGCCAAACUCAAUAAGGACCUGGCAUCCAAUGAGCAGAAUAAAAGCCACAUUGCUUCUGAGCUGCGCAAGAAAGAGCAACAGUUAGCCAGUGAUGAAGAGAAGUUCUUCAACGUGUGUGGCAGUCAGGAUCUGGAGCAGGACCUGGGAAAACUGCAGGAAGAUCUGGAGAAGAUAUCCAAACAAAGAGCCAUGCUCGCUGGAGCCACGGCAGUGUACACCCAGUUUAUCAGCCAGCUGACGGAGGAGAGGGAGCCCUGCUGCCCCGUGUGCCAGCGGACGUUCCCAGGCGAGUCCGAUCUGCAGGAAGUCAUCAGCGACAUGCAGUCCAAACUGCGCCUGGUGCCGGACAAGCUGAAGAACACAGAGCAGGACCUGAAGAGGAAGGAGAGGAAGAAAGACGAGAUGAUGGCUCUCAAACCUGUCAGGAAGUCCAUCGUGCAGUUUCAGGAGAAGGAGUUGCCCGAGUUGAGGAACCGUCUGCAGACUGUGAACAGGGACAUCGAGAGACUGAAGGGAGACGUGGAGGAGCAGGAGACGCUGCUCGGUACUCGGAUGUCAGAGGAGGACACAGCCAAGGCCUGCCUGCAGGACAUAUCUCUCAUGGACAGAUACCUGAUGGACCUUAAAGAUGUGGAGAGGAAAAUAGCUCAGCAGGCAGCCAAACUCCAGGGAGUAGACCUGACCAGAACCAUCCAGCAAGUCAGUCAGGAGAAACAAGAGACUCAGCAUAAGAUAGACACCACCUCCAGCAGGAUGGAGCUGAAACGUAAGCUGAUCCAGGACCAGCAGGAUCAGCUGCAGAUGCUAAAAAGUGUUGUGAAUGAGACGAGAGCGGAGAAGCUCCAGCUGAGCAGUGAUAUGCAGAAACAGCAGCAGCUGGAGGAGCAGAGUGUUGAGUUCACCACCGAGAUACAGGCCUUGACCAGGGACAUCAGGGAAGCAAAGGAACAGCUCUCCCCGUUGUCUGCUGCUCUGGAGAAGCUACAGCAGGAGAAGCAGGAGCUGGUUGAGCAGAAGAGGCAGAGGCAGGAAGAAGGACAAGAGAAGAUCAAUGCCAUUAAAGAGAGAGUGAAGGUGAUCACCACCUUGGAAAGGGACAUCACCAAAUACGUUGAUGAGGGCAAAGAUGAAUACAAAGAGCAAAAAGAGACUGAGCUUCAAGAAACCAACACUCAGCUGCAUGAUGCUGAGAAGCAAAAAGAAAAGAUCAACAGGGAGAUGGGAAACAUCCGUCAGGACAUAGACACUCAAAAGGUUCAGGAGCGCUGGUUGCAGGACAACCUGACCUUGAGGAAGCGCGUGGAAGAGUUGAAAGAGGUUGUGAGCAAACACAAGGCUCUUAUGAAAGACAUGGGCAACAUGCAAGUCUUACAGCUCCGCCAAGAGCGACGUGAAGCAGAACGCAGGUUGGAAGACUUGAAGAAGAACCGCAGCAUUGCGCUUGGUCGCCAGAAAGGCUUUGAGGAGGAGAUACUGGAUUACAGAAAGGAGCUGCGGGAAGAUCAGUACGACAAAGCAGAUGAGCGCUACAAGAACAAGAUGAUCAUAAUGCGGACCACAGAGCUGGUCAUUAAAGACCUGGAUCUCUACUACAAGGCCCUUGAUCAAACAAUCAUGAAAUUUCACAGUAUGAAGAUGGACGAGAUCAACAAGAUUAUCAGAGACCUGUGGCGCAGCACCUACAGGGGUCAAGAUAUUGAAUACGUGGAGAUCAGGUCCGACGUGGACGAGAACUCGUCCGCCGCGGUGAAGCGGAGGGUUUACAACUACAGAGUAGUCAUGGUGAAAGGAGACACCGCUCUGGAUAUGAGAGGACGCUGCAGUGCUGGUCAAAAGGUGUUGGCGUCCCUCAUCAUCCGUCUAGCUCUGGCCGAGACUUUCUGUCUGAACUGUGGGAUCCUGGCCCUGGACGAGCCCACCACCAACCUCGACCGGGAGAACAUCGAGUCACUGGCACACGCCCUCGUAGAAAUCAUCAAGAGUCGUUCUCGCCAGCGCAACUUCCAGCUGCUGAUCAUCACCCACGACGAGGACUUCGUGGAGCUGCUGGGUCGAUCCAGCUACAUCGAACACUUCUACCGCAUCCGCAAGAACCAGGACCAGAACUCAGAGAUCACAAAGUGCAGCAUCACCUCCCUCUCCUCCUACCUCCACUGAGCAGAUAAACGGACUCUUUCAACGCCCGUGGAAAUGCACAGUAAAAAUCCUCCAAUCUUUUAGGUUUUGCACUCAGCCUGGACAAAGUUCAUGUUUAGUUUCAGGGCCUGGGGGGGGUUGAAGCGUGAAGAUAGUUUCAAGUCACUCCAUCCAUAAACUUGCAAAAAAGGUAACUGUUCAAAUUUCAAGACACUCUUUGGAAGCAUACAGUGUUGACAAUGUUCCUUUUAAAUGUCUGCAUUCUAUAACCUAAACUAAAAUACCCCCCCCCCCCCCCAAAAAAAAAAAAAGUAAUGGGUGAACUUCCCACAAACAAAUGAUGAAUCCAGUACCCGGUUGUUCAAAGUUUCUCUGUAGGACACAAAUAAAAAACAUUUAACAAACUGACACUUAAAAGUUGUGAUCCCAAUCAACAGCAUGAACCUCUUUCUAAACACUGCAGUGUGUGCAACUGUGUUCAUAAAUCAACUUGUUCCUGAAGUGUUUGAUUAAACUGUUGUGGAUGAAGAUUA